AUGGACACAGAUGUAGUGAUAAUAGAGCAUUGGUAUUUUCUAUUGCAGCAUCAACUGUAGGCUGCAUAAAUGAUGCACCAGCCAUGAAGAAGAUAAAUAUUUAGAGCUUUCUAAUAUGAUUUCUACACAUUUAAGUAUCAAUUUAAACUUGAUUACCGUUGUAAAUCAAAUUCCUGAAGGCUUAGUGCAUCCACUUCUAUGAAAAGGGUCAGCUCAUCAGGGUGUUAAAAAGGAUGGGACAAUUCCAGAAUUCCCCAGAAUUGGCAGUUUUGAGAUCUAUUAUAAAGGAUUUUGUGUAUUUUCUAAAUUGGGGACUGGCCUAUGGCCAAAUAGAAAGGCGGUAUCAGAUGCUAUUCUUGAUGUAAAGAACGGCCGAUACAAAUGCGGGUUUAGUCUUUCAAGCCUUUAUUAUAGCCCUUCGUUUAAAACUCUCGCAGAGGUUGAUUCAUAUGGAAAUUUUUACACUCCUUAUAAGAAGAAUCAAAAUUCUGAAUAUAAAACUCCUUUUGAUUUAAUUGAUGAAGAAUGAAAGAAUGACAAAAAAUAUCAGUCAAUAGAAGAUGAUAAGAGCUUCAGCUAUUCAUAUUCAGAAACGAGCGAUAGAAAAACCAAUACAACUACCUCUGAAUUCGCUAUUCGGGAUUUUGAUAAUAUUCACGAGAACAACCAAAGAAAGCUAGAAGUAAAUGAAGAACUUUCUGAUGAAGCAAACACUGAAUCAAUGCCAAGCAGCAGAUCAAGCUCAUCUCCUGAACCUCCUUGCGAUUUAUUAGCAAGCUAUGAUAUUUCGAUUAAAAUUGGAAAAGCAAGCACAAAAAGCAUUCCAUAUAAAAAUACCGGUGACAAAUUACUUUCCCUUUCUUUAAGUUCAACUGAUACUGAAGUCAUGCAAGUUAUUAAGCCAGCUACUAAGAUUAAAGCUAGAGAACAAGGAAAUAUAAAACUUAAAUUUUAUCAAACUUCCCCAGUUCAGAAAAAAAUUGUGUAUUUACUCGUAACUGUUGAUGAUGCUAUAUAUGAGUGCUUUCGAUUUAAACUAAAUUAUUUAUAA